GUUUGCGGCUGGCCGCUGCAAGUCGAAAAAGACAGUGGUACGCGGCCAGGGGGGUCGUUACGCGUGUGACGAACGCCGCGGAGAUAGCCUCUUCUCGUUCCCCGUUUCUUUCGAGUGCGUUCGCUCCGAGCCUGACCGAUCGUCGUGUCCAGUCGCACCUGGCGCCUCUCGGGAGCCCGGAUCCCCGUGUGCGACCCGCGUCCUGCUUUCCACCCGUGUUCAGCUUCUCCGCGAAUAUCUGAAACGUCGGUCCGACGCGAAACUUUCGAGCCCGACUUUACCACCGCGGCCGAGUCGCGUUACGUUUUCGUGUGUCCGGGAGAUCCCUCGAGCGUCGAACUGUUACGCGUGUAAGGAAUUCCGCGCCGGCAUCUACAGUGUGUACGUCGAAUAACAGAUCUCCGCAGUGAACCACUUCGAGUCGGACCUGUUCAGCCGCUCUCAUCCCGAUCCGCCGUGUCGCCGAGCCUGGAUACGAGACCGGCACACAUAGUCAUGUGAUUCCCCCGACGACGGGGCAGGUGUCUGAAAUUCGGUUGUGAAAAAUCCCAGUCAGAAAAGGAGGGAGGAACCGUGUGUCGCAGGCCUGUUGGUACAUCCGGUCGGUACGCCCGGGGGAUGAUCUCGGAGCUCAAGGCGACAAUUAGCCGCGUCCGAAAAUGUUCCGCUGCAAGAUUCGCAUUCACACGUGCCAAGUGAUACUGCUUACGUCUCUGGUAUGGUUCCUGGUGGACGUGAUGGUGCUGAUGCACUAUUCGGACUGCAAAGGCGGGUCCGGAUGGGGCUGCACAGAGAGCAGCAAGCAGCAAUCGUUGACAGAGGAGAGCGUCCCCCAUCCGAAGGCCCUCAAGGACGAGCAGGUGCAGCCGACAGGUCAGCAGGGCAAGCGAAAGUACAAGCAGUCGGAGCUGCACUUUUGGAGACCGGCGAGGUUCGUGCGUGAAACGAAGGGUAGCCACGGCGAGAUGGGCGCAGCAGUGCACAUCCCGCCGGAGGACGAAGCCAGGCAGCAAGAGCUGUUCAAGCUGAAUCAGUUCAACCUGAUGGCCAGCGAUAUGAUCGCGCUGAACCGGUCCCUCAAAGACAUCCGUUUAGAGGGGUGCAAAACGAAGAAGUACAGCAAGUAUUUGCCCGACACCAGCAUCGUCAUCGUCUUCCACAACGAGGCCUGGAGCACGUUGCUGAGAACCGUUUGGUCGGCCAUCAACCGAUCGCCGCGCACCCUGCUCAAAGAGAUCAUUCUUGUCGACGACAAGAGCGAGCAAGAUCACUUGAAACAAGAGCUGGAGGACUACGUAAAAACGCUGCCUGUUCCUACAUACGUAUACCGUACCGAGAAGAGAUCGGGCCUAAUAAGAGCUAGACUGCUCGGGGCGAAGCACGUGAAGGGGCAAGUUAUAACAUUCUUGGAUGCGCACUGCGAGUGCACCGAAGGCUGGCUGGAACCCUUACUCGCCAGAAUCGCGGAGGACAGAACCACCGUUGUUUGUCCCAUAAUUGACGUAAUUAGCGACGAUUCGUUCGAAUAUAUCCCAGCAAGCGACAUGACGUGGGGCGGUUUCAAUUGGAAACUGAAUUUCAGAUGGUACAGAGUAGCACCAAGAGAGAUGGACAGAAGACUAGGAGACAGAACGGCCCCCCUGCGGACACCGACCAUGGCCGGUGGGUUAUUUGCUAUUGAUAAGGAGUACUUUUAUGAACUAGGAGCGUACGACGAAGGCAUGGACAUUUGGGGCGGUGAAAAUCUUGAGAUGAGUUUCCGAGUAUGGCAAUGCGGCGGGACGUUAGAAAUCAGUCCGUGUUCACACGUCGGACACGUAUUCCGAGACAAGAGUCCAUAUACAUUCCCCGGUGGUGUCAGCAAAGUAGUACUACACAAUGCGGCUAGGGUGGCCGAGGUCUGGAUGGAUGAGUGGAGAGAUUUUUACUAUGCCAUGAACCCAGGAGCUCGAAACGUAGCUGUUGGAGAUGUGUCUGAACGAUUGAAGUUGAGAGAACGUUUGAAGUGCAAGAGCUUCAGGUGGUAUUUAGAGAACAUUUACCCUGAGUCUCCGAUGCCGUUGGAUUAUUACUAUUUGGGUGACGUGCAAAACGAUGACACGCUAACUUGCUUAGAUACUAUGGGUAGGAGAACGGGAGAAAAUGUUGGGAUCAGUUAUUGUCAUAGAUUGGGUGGUAAUCAGAUAUUUGCGUAUACCAAACGACAACAAAUAAUGUCUGAUGAUAUGUGCCUUGAUGCAACUAGUCCCCAAGGUCCAGUCAAGAUAGUCCGAUGCCAUGGUAUGGGUGGAAAUCAAGCAUGGGUUUAUAACGAAGAGACAAAAAUGAUCAAACACACGAAUACGGGACACUGUUUGUCGAAACCGCGUUCCAACGACGCAGUACAGCCUGUUUUAGCACCGUGCGAUUCCCAUAACAGCGGCCAGAAAUGGAUAAUGCGUAGUAAAUUCAAGUGGCAAGCCAGCUAAUAUCAACUGAGUGUAACGACUGUAUGUAACACUUGUUGACAUAUUUAAUUACUAUGAAGAUUCGACAGUGAACAAGCUUCUACAAGAUCAAGAGACGAUAGUAUUAUAUUCCGUAAAGUCCAAUGUCAUUUUAGAUCGGUCCUCUGACUUUGUCCAGAAGUGAUUGACCCGACGACAAAAAAUUGACUUAUACCUACAAACGAGAAAUCGAAGUUGAUGCUUUUAGUUGUAUAAGAUUUAUUUACUGUUAAUAGCAGUAUCGUGUAUUUACUGCCAUUUGUCGUGGUAUGCCUUGAUUGAUAAUGCACAAGAACGUCGAAGAGGAGGAACAGAAUAAUUCCAACUGUGCGCGGUUGUACACGAGUGAUACGAAAAUACCGUCACGUACACGGAUACUAUUAUUUUUCUUUCUUUUUUUUUGGAAGUGAACAAUAGAGAGGAAAGCAUAUCAGACCACUGUUAUAAAUAAAUGAUUGUUGAUACAAAAGAGAGACAUAUUUGAUGAUAUGGGAUGAGUGCAAUGCUGGGAUGACUGGAAGAUAUAUCAGUGCAUAAGAAACACGGAUAUGUUCGCGACGUAAGUGUCAUUACAACCGAGUGAAUGUCGGAGUGCAAGUGAAAUCAUUGUGACACUACUGAUUGCAAUCUAGGACUUAUACUGUACAAUUUUUCUAGCGAUUAGGGAAGAGCACUGAAUCUUUUUAUACUGGUAUUUCUAACAGUUCCUUGUUGCAUCUUGUUCGUAUGAUUUAGUUUUUAUUUUCUUUAUAUACGUGUUUUUCUUUAUUUUUUGUUUUGUUUCGUUUGCUUUUCGAAUGGAUAAACAUAUGUACUUACACUUGAAUUCGCCAUAGUAAUACGAGAUUACAUUCGCAAGAUAUCGUUAAGCAUACGAAAAGAAGAAGCUAUCGACUGUUAUUCAAUGUAAUGUUAUGUUUUUUACAGAUUUUCUUGAAUUCGAGACAGAACGUCUUCCGUAUUUUAUUAAAAAGCAAAAUAACAAAUAUUU